AUGGAUGAAGACACCGAAGUUCUCGACUGGGGCCAAGAAGACGACGAGCAGAAUCCUCAACGUCCGUCAGCUGAUGGCUGGCGCGACCCUGAGGACGCGGAAGAUGCAGUUUCGCUGGGUGGCGACGACGACGACAUGCAAGACUUCUAUGCCUACCAGACGGCCGACCAGGACUCGUCAGCGAAAAGCCAGCAUAAGCCGCCUUCAGGUCAGCAUCUGCACCAAAACAGGCGCGACCACCAACAGGAUUUCUCCGGUGGCUCCCCAAACAAGAUACCGACCCACUCUCAAGGCUCUACCUCUCCUAGCCUUCAACGCGCUCAGUCCCUUGGAAAGUUAAUACAUGCUCUUCCUCCAAAACCUGUUGUUGCUGUUGCUCCCUUUAUUCACACGUCUCCAACCCAGACUAGCACUCUCGCAAGCUCUAUGGUACAAAGGGAUAGGCGUCCAAACGGCCACGGGAAAGCCGGUUCUACAGGUAACAGUGAUGCGCUGCCGCCCGAUUGGGAAAUUAGAUACCCUCGAGAUGGAGCGGCGGAACAGUAUUAUUACAACGUCAAAACGCACGAGUCGACCUGGACUCGACCUGGAUCGGUGAGCCGCAAAUCCUCUCCAUCGAAAGAUAGAGAGAACGGCAGCGUGCACGUCAGAGAAAGCAGGUCACCCGGACCGAGCGAGGCUCAAGCUCCAGCUCGAGUACGAGCACAUUCAAUCGAGGGGCAUGCCACAGUGCAUCCUAAUCGCAAAGACCCUAAGGAAGCAAUGUCUCUUGCUGAGCAGCUUUCUUACAAGGACCGUCACUAUCGCCCAGGUAGCGAAGGGAACGAUACCAGCGAGAAAAGGGUUGGCCGCCCAUUUCUCCCUGAUGGUCCUUACCGAGCAACAUCACCGAGAUUGCCAACCGACCGGCGCCGCUCGCGGUCUUUCACGCCUCCGCCGAAAAGAGAGCAUGUUGAUCGUCCAACUCGAAGGGAACUAUCACCACCUCGGCUGCCGCUCGAACAUGAAAUUCGGUCGGACUGGAGCCCUCAGCACAUCCUCCUGAUGAUCGUGCCCGCAAACGUGUUGAAAAUAUGGACGUCGAUGCACCCUCUCAUUCUCGCCACAAUGCUCACGAGUGGCCGGCCCCAAGUACGUUAUUCGCCUCAUUCCCCUGCCCCAUAUCGGCGUUCGUUCUCCUCCCGAGGUGGAGGACGUGUCGUAGUGGACGUCUCGAGAAGCCUUGGGAGUCGAGAUUCGCUGUUCCCGUUCAGCCUCUUCUGUACUCGACACAAGGACGCUCAUGAUGGCCCCUCUUUUUUCUUCCCUUUAUCCUGCACCCUCUUUGAUACUUUCCCCUAUUUUUCCUUUCAUAUUGCAGGACAUAGGUCACCGCGUCCUCGUGUACGCGAUUUCUCGCCUUCAGGGUCAAGGCGGUUUACUCAGGACAAAGACACUUCUGGACUACCACCUCCGAUGUCCAAUGCUUCUGCACCCGGUGGCUUUAGGCAGACCAGUCGAUACGAUCGACCUACUAAUUUCGCCAUGCCUCCACCAUCACAAAGCUAUUCGCGGGAGGAUGCAAUAUACACACGCACCGACUCCGUUCCUCAAAGAAGGGGACGAGAUGAUGGCGCUGAUUCAAGUUCUGAAUCUGAAUCAAAGAGAAGGCGACUCGACGAACGACUGGCCGAUCCUCCUUCGCGUCAAAUGUCAAUGUCGAAUACUGCUGCCCCUCCUGGCUUGCCUGAGCGACCAGUGCCCUCCUCGUUUCCGCCGCCUGUGAAUCAGAUCGAUCAGUCACGUUCCCGGAAACGACCACCUCUUCCACCGCAGAGCGCUCGCUUCCGCGAGGUAGCCACUCGACCAGAUUCAUUCCCACCGCCUUCACCGGGUACAGAUUCUGGCCGGGAAUCGUUCACUGAACCUUUGUCUAACAGUAAUGUUCCACCGAGAUUUGCUGAUACUCCCAGUGAUAUGUCUUCCUCUCGACGUCCGUUUCCUCUAUAUUCAACUCGUGAUGUCGAGCCGCAUGUACCAAACAGGCCUGCUGCUGUAGCAGCCCGUCCUGGCAGCCGGUUUGAUCAUCCGCCACAUGGCCAAGCACGCGAUUAUCCUCCGCGUGCAGACCGUGAUAAUAUGGAUGUUGACCCUCCGUCUAUCAGAGCGCCCCCCUCGCGUCCCCCUGAAGGUCCUGCUAGGGCAGGUCCAGCUAUGUAUGCUGAUAGGUUAGGGAUGGACGUGCAGGCUGAUCUGCCCCCGAGGGGCCCUCGAGCCAUGACAAACAAAACCAAUCCGCCGCCUUCAGCAUCUCCGCAAACAUCGCCCUCUUCGACCUACCCAAAUUUGCGGCUAGGGCAUUUUCAGGAGCCUCCUAGCACUUUGUCGAGAGGGCGUAUGCGCCCAUCUCCAUCGUCGCACACAGGCAAUGAGGGAUGGACAGAACGACGGGAUCGUCAGGAUGGCCCAACGCAGUAUGCGGCAGGCUCAACCUCCAGUCCCCACUUCUAUUCACGGCGACUUGACGACGACAGGACAGCUUCUUUUGAUCAUCUUGAGGACAGGCGUGUAAGCACCAGGAACGUGAAUGAGUCGACUCUUCAGGACGCACGACCCCGCGACCCAUCAAUGCGCUAUCCUCCUCGUUCUGCCGAUACAGCUCUCGCCCCGCAAUCUGCGCCGGUAGUGGGGAAUAAGAACGAAGAUCGUGACCUUCUACCUUCGCCUAUCUCACAACAUCGACCGCCAAAUGGUCCUCCUCGAGGACGUGCGGAAGGUGGAGGUACCGCCAGUCGCGAUGAGUUUGGACGUAUGGGGCCACCUCCGUAUCCGGUCACUGGAUCUGCUUCUAGCAAUUCUUAUCGGCCAUCCCCUUCCGACAAUGCUGCUUCUGGACGCCAUCGGUCUCUCUCAAAUGUAGAUAGAGAUGAACGCCCCCAGCGAUCUCACCCUCGAAAUGCAGAUGACUAUCGAGGAAGUGGACCCCCUACCUCUGUACGGAGCAACUCGGUCUAUGAACCAGUGGAACGCCCAGCUCGUCAAACUCGAUUCGGACCGAAGCGCGAACCUUCGCGACCUCCCCCGUCGGAUCCAGUCGAAGAACCUCGCGUGUGGAUCACGAGAGAAGAAGUUCAGUCUCGCGAAAAUCGCAGCAGAGAAGUACAAUCUGUGGAUGGGCCUCAUAUCCCCCAUGACGCUCGUUCAUCCCGAGGCGACAACGCUCCUUGGCAGGCAUCUGAGUCUGCUGCGCCUUACCGAUACAAUAAUCCUUCCAAUCCAAACCGACAAAAUUUGGAGACACGGUUGACUCCUGCUGAGGAACCUUCUCGAUCACGAAGAUCGGACUUUCCAUCAACGGAGCGAGGACGAGACCGUGCAAAUUCUGUAGAUACGCGCCUCCCAAAUCGACCUCCGACUCUCGAGGGUAGAAUCAGUUCGCAUUACGAUAGGUACCCGGCAGAGGGUCCGUACCGUGGUUCCAAUGAGCCGUCCUUGCUAAUUCCCUCGAGACCUCGCGAUCAGAAUGCAUAUUCUGCUUCGACAUCUCGUCCCGACCACCGUGAUCCAAGGGAAGCGCCGCCUUUGAGCAAUGUCGGAGGACGGAGCUGGGACCGCGCUGAUCCGGGUGGAUUCAGAGAGCCAUCUCCCUCCGGGCCACUUACUUCAGAUCAUCCGCGACCACUACGUCCCUCGCCCGCAUCUACUCCCUUUGCGGAUGAGGACUUGAUGAGACCAGCACCACCGGGGCGCAUACUUCACUCAGAUCGUACAAGGCCACCCCGUCCCUCAUCUGGCCAUACUCCUUCCGUAGACGAGGACUUAGUGAUGAGAUCGGCACUACCGGGGCGCAUACCUCAUUCAGACCGUACACGGCCACUCCGUCCUCCACCUGCACCAACUCCUGUUGAUGAAGACUCAUUCAUGAGAACGUCGAAACCGGUGCGCAUUCGUCGCCCGCCACCUGCGCCCACGAAGCCCUCGCAUGAUAGUCCAGAAGGGGACGAAACAAACAUGCCGAGGGAAAGCGCGCGAGAUGAUCGUCCAGUUGAACCAGUUGAAGCUUACUCUGAACAGAUGAGCUCUCGACCCAUGAUGGCAAGACGGGGAGGUUCUCUCUUGGACAGACUAUCGCUGAAUGACCUUGCGCCGCCUCCUGGAGAUGGCCCAUCCCCCUCCCUAAGGGAUAGGGUCGAGAUAUACUCGAAUGGGCCGAACGAUGACAUGGAUGUAGCGCGGGAAGACGCUGCCUUGGACGUUGAUCUCGACAGUAGUAUGGGAGAUUCAUUGCGAGGGAUGAGAGGUGGUAAGAAACGCAGCCUGAAGCCGAAAAGGGGCAGGAGAGGUGGACUGCUACCUUGA